ACUCCCAAAAUAAAUUAUUUUUUUCAGAUUUAGUUAGGUUUCUUUGUCACUCAUAACUGUCUUGCGAAAUUAGAUUCUUGUGCUGAAAGAAACCUUAAAAUUGUUUACCUUUUCUCUUUCCGGAUAAGGUUUAUAUUUUAUCACAAGUUUAGGAUCAUAUUCAAUGGAGAUCAAAGCUGAAACGAUGCAAAAGUCAAAGUUCAAAAGAAUAUGUGUCUUCUGUGGAAGCAGCCAAGGCAAGAAGAGUAGUUACCAAGAUGCUGCUGUAGAUCUCGGCAACGAACUGGUCUCAAGGAAAAUUGAUCUAGUCUAUGGAGGUGGGAGCAUAGGCUUGAUGGGUUUGGUUUCACAAGCUGUUCAUGAUGGUGGUCGUCAUGUUAUUGGAAUAAUUCCAAAGACCCUCAUGCCUAGAGAGUUGACUGGUGAAACAGUAGGAGAAGUAAGAGCAGUUGCAGAUAUGCACCAAAGGAAAGCUGAAAUGGCCAAGCACUCUGAUGCUUUUAUUGCCUUACCAGGAGGCUAUGGAACACUUGAAGAAUUGCUUGAGGUCAUAACUUGGGCUCAGCUUGGAAUUCAUGACAAGCCUGUGGGUUUGCUCAAUGUUGAUGGAUACUACAACUCUCUGCUUUCAUUCAUCGAUAAAGCCGUUGAAGAAGGAUUCAUCAGCCCUACUGCUCGUGAGAUCAUAGUCUCUGAACCUACUGCUAAAGAGCUUGUGAAGAAGCUUGAGGAAUAUGCACCUUCCCAUGAAAGUGUUGCGUCUAAGCUCUGCUGGGAGAUGGAAAGGACUGGAGAAUGAUUAUUAUCAAGAUCUAAUAUAUCUAGAUAACUAUUUAAAGAUUUUAUAUAUAGAUAUGAAAAUGUCAGAUUUUAACGAUUUUUAAAUCUUACUAAAAAUGGAAGGAAUAGAUUCCGAUUAGUUGGGCUAAAGUAAAAACAAUUUCCAGUUCGGUGGAAAUUCUUUGUUGUAAAUUAUUAGAACUGUCUUUUUAACUCCAAACUAAAUGUCUUUAAUUCUCUG